AUGACUCCGCCAGCAACACCGAAUGGCUCCAACGAGAGCUUGCCACACGGCGACCACCCGCGGCAAGAAUCGACGGCAACAACCGGGGCAGCAAUAACGACUCCAUCAGCUUCGCCGCAAGACUACUCCCAGGACCACCCGCAGGAGUAUGCGCAGGAGUAUGCGCAGGAGUAUGCACAGGAGUAUGCACAAGAGUAUGCGCAAGAGUAUGCGCAAGACUACCACCACAACGAGAACUACAUCUACACGUCGCCCUCACUGGCCGACCCGCCACCAGUUUUCCACAACUUCUUGCGCGCCUACUACGCCUUCCAUCCGAGCUAUUCCCCAGCUGACUCGACCGUCACCCUGCCGAUGAACGAGGGCGACGUGAUCUUGGUGCAUUCCAUCCACACGAAUGGCUGGGCCGACGGCACCCUCCUGGCCUCCGGAGCCCGCGGUUGGCUGCCGACCAACUACUGUGACGCCUACGACCCGGAGGAGAUGCGCAAUCUGUUGAACGCGCUCCUCAACUUUUGGGACCUGAUGCGCAGCACGACCAUCAACGACAACGAAAUCUUUGGCAACCAGGAGUUUAUGAAGGGCAUCAUCGCUGGCGUGCGCUACCUCUUGGAACGCACAAACUGUCUGACGCGCGAGUCGGCUGCGGUCCAGCGCCAUGAUGGUCUCCGCCGCGGCCGCAAGUCGCUGCUUUCAGAGCUGUCGUCGCUUGUCAAGUCGGCCAAGCGCCUGCAAGACCACCAGCGUUCCCCCAGCUCGACCGAGAAUGCCAACGACAUCAUCGACGAGAUGAUCCUCAAGGCCUUCAAGAUAGUCACCAAGGCUGUUCGCUUUUUCGACGUCUUGGAAGACGACCGCCGCCAGCGUGCACCGACGGUGGCUGUUAUGGCGACUGUGCUGGAGGAGAAUUCGGUGCCGCCAACGCCGCCAGCCGAUGCGAUCACCUUCCGUUCCGGCACCAACCAGAACGCUGGCACUGACGGGCAAAGUGAUCACGUUAUGGUCGACAGCAGUGCAGUCGACAGCAGCAACAACAACAACAACAACGAGAACAACGAGUACAACGAGAACAACGACAACAACGACAACAACGACAACACGGUGACACUCUCGAGCUCUGCGCCCGCGGGUUUGAGCAUGCCCGCCUCAGCGUCGACCCCGCUGUUGUCUGCGUCAACAGCAGUGGCACCUGUAAACAAGCGGCUGUCUAGCAUCGCUGCUAGCUACCACAACCGUCUCUCCCAGACGACACCGCUUGUCAGCCACCGCAUGUCCUCGUCGAGCAUUUCUCAUCGUGUGUCGCUGGCGGGACCCUCGUCUCUCUCCCAACCCCAGAACCUGGUGUCCAACCGGCUGAGUGACCGACACGACACGUUCUUGUCCUACCUGGGCUCGUUCAUCGGCCGUCUUCACCUGCAGUCGCAGUCUCGCCCGCACCUGGCCCUUGCAAUCAAACAAUCGGCUACUUCCGGCGGCCAGCUCCUCGUGGUGGUCGACGUUGUCUCUGCGCACAAUGCUCUCAGCCGAGAAAUUUUGCUGAAAUCUCGUGGCGCCAUGUGCGACCGCAUUGUCGACCUGUGUGCCUUGCCCGAGACAUUCUGA